CCAUUACCUCCCACUUUCUCCCUCCUUCAAAAACCCUAAAAACGGGAAGUGGAGUAGCCUUUGGGGCCAAACCUCAUAAAAAAAGCAAAGCGAUAUUACAGAACUGCCAUCGGAUUCUACGCUUCCAUCUUUAGCGGAUUGAGAAUCCUAGAAAACGUCCAAAAGAGAAAUGGAGUCCGAAUCCACAGACCUGAAAACCCUAGAAAACCUCAACUCUCUCCAAAUCUCCUCACUCAGAGAAGAAGAAGACGAGGAAAUUGGAGAACGAAUUGAAGAAGAAGAAGGAGAAGCCGAUGAUGACGACGAUGAUGAAGACGAAGCAGAAGAAGACGUGGCUGUAACGUUAGGUUUCGUCGAGAAGCCGAAGAAUCCCCAAUCGCUCCUCCGACACUUAUUUCCUAGCAAGGCGGGAGGUGUGCCGGCGUGGUUGGAUCCGGUCGAUUUACCGUCGAAAAAGUCCCGUAACUGUGGAUUCUGUGGAGAGCCUCUGCAAUUCUUGCUUCAGGUUUAUGCACCAAUUUCUGAGAAGGAAUCUGCUUUUCAUCGGACAUUAUUCAUAUUCAUGUGCACAUCUAUGACUUGCCUCCUCCAAGACCAGCAUGAGCAAUGGAAGCGCAAACCUGAGAAGCCAUCUCGCAGUGUGAAGGUUUUCCGUUGCCAGCUACCUCGCUCUAAUGCAUUCUACUCAAGCAAUCCUCCAAAGCAUGAUGGGACUGAUAAACCAUCUGGAGCCGGAGCUGCACUCUGUUGUUGGUGUGGCACAUGGAAAGGAGAGAAGCUUUGUAGUAGUUGCAGGAGAGCACGAUAUUGCUCUGAGAAACAUCAGGUCAUGCAUUGGCGCUCAGGGCAUAAGGUUGAUUGUAGACGGAUAAGCAUUUCUUCUCAAUCUCCCAGCUCUACUGACAGUAAUAGCAGAAACACUUUGGCGGAGAUAGACAAAGUUGCCUGCAACACAUUAUGGCCAGAGUAUGAGAUCAUUUGUGAGGAUGAAUGUGUUUUUGAUACGGAGGAGGCCGAAACCAACGGCCAGGCAAUUUCACUAGUUUCGAAUGACCACAUGGAUGAAACGUUCAAAUCCUUGUUGGACAAGUUCAAGGGAAAUGACGAUAAAAGAAGUUGGGCAUGUUUUCAAGAGCGCAUUGCUAAGGCCCCUGAGCAAGUAUUAAGGUAUUGUCGAGAUGCAAAGGCAAAGCCACUAUGGCCUAUGUCAAGCGGCCGGCCAUCUAAAGCCGAUAUUCCAAAUUGCAGCUACUGCAAUGGCCCUCAAUGUUAUGAAUUCCAGGUAUUGCCUCAACUGCUUUAUUACUUUGGUGUGACAAAUAAUACGGACUCUCUUGAUUGGGCGACCAUUGCUGUCUAUACCUGCACAGCCUCUUGUGAAGCAAGCGUAGGUUACAAAGAGGAAUUUGCUUGGGUUCAGCUCUCAUCUCCUUCGGCUAUAUAACAGUGAUAAUCUUAUACAAACAUAUUGAUAAUUAGUUGAAUCGGUGAAUGUUUUCUUCUUUUGGAUUUUGGUGGUUUUGGUGUCCGUGGAACGAAGUGCGGCAAUGAUAGAGAGUGGAAUGACAUCUUCAGGUGGAUUUCUGAAGAUCCUUUUGAGAUUGUUGGAUAAUCAACUUCAGUUUUGCUAA